UAUCAUCAUUUUAAUUCGGACCUUUGACAAAAGAAGAUGUUGGUAAGAAUUAAUAAAAUUAAAACAACUUUUACAGCAGGUUUUGAUAAAAAGUCAUAAAAAACAAUUGAAGAAAAUAAAAAAAUAAAGUGUUUUGACAAAUUAUAACAAAGUUGUACUUUUACAAUCAUUUUCAUUUUCAAUUCCUCAUAUCACCAUUCUAUCGUGUGCAAACUUCAAGCUCAUUUGCUCAAUGAAAUUUUUUGAGCAACUGAGAAGAAUAUCAUUUAUUAGAUUUUACUCGAUUCUAUAAUAGAAGUGAUCAAAAAAAAUUUCAUUUCAAUAACAAGACUUUGUUGCUAUCCAGUUAACAUACUACAGAACGUAAAAUAGAAUGGUAUAAAAAUAAUAUUAAGUUUAUGCAUUAAUUCAAAAAAUCAAUUUUUAAUAAUUUUAACGCUUGUGAAUAUUAUAAAAAGUUGUAAAAAGAGGAUCCGUGCAAAAAAGAACAAUCCAGAAUGGUGAUGUAAAUGACUCGAUUACUGAGAUAGUCUUUAAAAAUAUUUUAAUAAUAAGCGUAGAAGUUGUGUGUUGAAAAAAAUUGUGAUAAAAUUAAGUAAGCAAACGAGAACAAAUUAAUUUAAAAUAGUUGAUAAUGAAUAGAUGAAUAUCCAGAUAGUGAAGUGGAAAAAUUCAAAGAGGAAAUAAAGGGCAUAUAAAAGCAAAAGUGUAUUAUUUUUGUUACAAGAGAAAGAGUAAAGGAAAAAAAGUUAAGAAAAAGUGAUUUUAAAAAUAUAUAAAAUAGAGAAUAAAAUGAGAAUGACCCAAACAAUGUCUGUAAAAGUAGAAUCAAAGAAAAAUUGUGAACAUAUUCAUAGUGGACAAUUUAUGGUGAGCCACUUUGAGCAGGAGGAAGAAGCUGAGGAUGAAUAUCAAGACUAUCCAGCCGAUGAUGAUGAUGAAUGUGACGAUAUCUCAGAAUCGUCUAAUACUAAAGUUCUUCCGGGUCCAUCGACAAACGUGUGUACUCAAUUAGAGCGUUACAGACCACAGGCACAAGAGAAGCAUUAUGAAAUAGACUCAGAUUUAAGCCAAGUCUUCAAUACACUUAAUGUCACCUACAAACAAAAAUUAACAUCGCCAAAAUGGAAUCCAUUUAAAGGCAUUAAGUUAAGAUGGAAGGAGAAAAUUCGACUAAACAAUGUCAUUUGGAGAUGUUGGCAUAUGCAAUUUAUCUUGAAAAAGAGGCCAUCUGUGUGCCAAUUUGCAUCUCCAUUAGACGUAGACAUACAUAACACACCUCAGGCUAUCAUCUUAGAAGGCAAGUACUGGAAGCGCAAGUGGAAAGUUAUUACAGCCGAGUACAAAAAGUGGCGUCGAUAUAAUGUUAGCAAAGCUUUCGGAGCUAUAAGCUGUUUAGAUACGAAAAGUGAAUUAGAUAUCCUAGAAUGGUCAAAUGACAAUUUGUUGAUGUUAUCAGAUAAUAUGUCCAGUGAUACUCUAUUCUCGACCAUAUCACAAUUUCCAUUUCCUGAUUCUCGAGAAAUUGCACGUGCUGGACGAGCUGACUUUAUUCAGCCAUCUUUAGGACCCCUUCAACCAAAUUUUGAUGAUCUUAUGGAUCUAGAUAUAGAUAUAUUGAAUACGUAUUUAAAUAAUCGAUUAGCGCCAGUUCAAGAAGUUCCCGAAUCUGAAGAACUGCUCAAAGAUAUUGAGUUCCCCAUGAUAACGUCGAUAGACACAUCAACUAUGCAGGAUAUAAUUAGCUCGCACCCGACUGCACAGCAACAUAGUGUAAUACAGUCAAACACAAUGAACCUUGAUCAGCAGCAGGACUCGACGUCAAAUCAAUUAUUAUUUACAGCAACUAUUUUUACACAAGACAUGUCACAAAGUAAUAAUACACAGCAACACGUUUUAUCCCUACAAAAUAAUCAGAUUCAUGAUCGUGAAUCGAUAAGAAUGAUGACUGAUUUAAACCCAUUUAUGGGUGGUACAGGAAUAGAUAUAAGUCAUGCACAACAAGCUCAGUCGAAUGAGCAGCAAAUGAUGGCACCACCUUCAGACCACGAUGACAAAGACUCAUAUAAAGGAAAGUUUUCGCGAGUUUUACAGUGGAAAUCUCAAUUGCCCUCAAUAUUAAAUAACAGUAAACGCGAGCCUCAUAAUUAUGAUAAAUGUCAACCGACACCGCACCAAACGACACUUUAUACACAAAUGUUGGCUCAACAGCAAGAGACGCCUCAACCUGCUCAAAUGUACAAUACAAGUCCCUAUACGGAUUUAAAUGAUGUCACAAAUAUCAAUCAUAUGUCACCCAUCCAAACAACCACAAAUAAUUUCAAUACGACAAUGACUAGCAAUAAUCAGCAAUUGUCUAAUGCACAAAAUGCAUUGAAUUUAUCCAAUAAUCAAAUGUAUCAGAAUAAGAUGUAUCAGCAGCAACAAGCGAAUCUCCAAAAUCAAAUUGGAAUUGAUCAGCAGCAGACACAUGAUAAUAGCAGUUCUUACAAGUCACCACAAAGUCCAAGUUUUCGAUCAUAUCAUCACAGCAAUCAGCAGCCCUACAAAAUUCCAUCACAAAAUUCCGGAUAUAAUGCAACAAAUCGUAUAAUGAUGCGUCAACAAUCGCCACCUCUUCAUUCGAGCAGUAUAGGAAAGUCAUUAUCAUUUCAGCAGCAACAAAAUCAACAGCAUCAACAAAAUGCUACAGCUGCAGCAAUGAAGGAAAUGUAUCGUUCAAAUAGUUUGCCAAUUAAUGCAAACAUUCAAUUACCAAAGGAAAUGAUGAAUAGUGGUGAUUUUGCCGUACCAAAGUAUCCAACAAAUACAGCAUCUACGGUUGUAUCGACGAAAAUAAAGAAUGCAAGAGCACGAAGUAAUUCAAUUAAUUUACGUCAUAAUCAGUUAAUUAUGACACCAUUGCAAUCAGCAAAUAGUGAACCGACAUUAAAUGUUAAUAAUGUUAAUACAAACAGUGCCUUGGCUCAAUUACUAACGAAUACAUCAACGAGCUUAAUUGGACAGAAAGCUCACAGUAUCUCAUCAAGUGCCAUGUCCAUGCAACAACAACAGCCACAUGUUCAACCACAGAGAGCUAAUAGCUUCACAUCAUCAUCAUUAGUACAAAAUUCAAUUCUGAUGGCCGUAAAUGCAGCUACUGCAUCAAAUAAAUCAAUUCAGCAGCAGCCAGCAACAAGUACAACAUCUAAUCUCUAUCAAACGCCAACAUUGUCACCUGAAUCGACGUAUCAGGAAAGCAAUAGCAGUUACCAACAUGAUUUACCACAGUCAUUGUCACCUGAGAGAUGUAUUGGCAUGAGUAAAUAUCAAUCACGUGAUAAUCGACGUGCUGGACAUAUCCAUGCUGAACAGAAAAGACGGUACAAUAUUAAGAAUGGCUUUGAUAUGCUCCACAGUUUGAUCCCACAGCUUCAACAGAAUCCUAAUGCUAAGUUGUCAAAAGCUGCUAUGCUACAAAAAGGUGCUGAAUAUAUUAAGCAGUUGAGAUCAGAAAGGACUUUAGUAAGCGAGGAAAUGGACAGACUAAAAAAGGAGAUUGAAACUCUCACAAAUUCAUUAAAUCAUUUACAAAACGCAUUGCCAGCAAAUGGAGCUCCAGUUAAUCGCCAAAAGACGGGACGUUUGCGAGAAAUGUAUCAAGAAUAUGUCCGACAGAGAACUAUGGGAAGUUGGAAGUUUUGGAUCUUCGGUCUAAUAUUUGAGCCACUUUUGAACUCUUAUAAUUCAACUGUAUCGACUGCUAAUAUCGACGAACUUUAUCGAACUUGUAUGCUAUGGGUGGACAAUAAUUGCUCAUUAAUGGAAAUUCGACCAGCUGUUUCCAACAAACUUCGUGAACUAUCCACAACGACUGAUAUAUUAGCGGAUAUUCCAACAACGCUGCAAGAAGAGGUAGUAAAAGCACUUCAGAACUUAAAAUCCCUCGAAAGUCCAAGAUAAGAUUCUCUACGAAUUUGUUUCUUCAUUUUAUUUUACUGAUGGACAUGUCAGCAAGUUUUUCUAGCUCUAAUUAUUAUUUUAUUUUCUUCACUAUUUGCCAUUUAAGCUAUUAAUUAUUAAAUGAUUUUUUUUUAUUAAUAUAAUUCAUGAUAGAAACAUUUGUUAAGAUAUAUGCAAAGAAAUUCUCUAAUUCCUUUUAUUUAAGAUUUAUAUCCAAAAAAAAUCUAUUUUAAUUACAAAAAUUUGAGUUUUUCAUCAUUUUUAAGUCAUAUAUGAAUUAGUAAGUCUUGUAGUAAAUUGUUGGUCAUCUUUUGUUUAAUUCUUUCCUGGAUUAUUGUUUUCUGGAUUAGAAUGACUUAAGAUAAGAAUCAUAGUUUUAAAAUAUUAAUUUAUAUUAGUGCCUCAUGAUUGAUAAUAUCAAGAACAACUGAAAAAUAAUAAAAAGGCAUUUACAAAGGAAGCGG